CAGUUGUUGUCUGACAAAACGCGCUAAUGACGGUCAUUUAGACCCAAGCGGAUUGGGCCCAACAAAUCAAAUUUUUUUAUUUUUUUAUUUUUUAUUUUUUUGUUAUACACUGGAGCAAGUGGAGCGGGAGGGGGGCAGGAGCGUACAGCGGGUGAGGGAGCGGAGGGACGGGAUGCGGGAGACGCAGUGAGCGCGGAGGAGGAGGAGGAGGAGGAGGAGGAAGAAGAAGAGGGAACCAGGAGGAUUGACGGUAAGGGUCUCAAAUUGCAGCCGGUGGUGUGAAGUCCUAACUCUUCCUGCUCAGCAUGGCUGUGUCUCUGUGGUGUAUGGCAGUGGGUGUUCUCACUCUGGCUCAAGUCGCCCCCUCUGGUCAAGCCAUGUCCCGGGCCGCCAUGCCGUUUGGACUGCUGCGCAGGGAGCUGGCGUGCGAGGGUUAUCCCAUCGAGUUACGCUGCCCAGGAAGUGAUGUGGUGAUGGUGGAAACAGCCAAUUAUGGACGUACUGAUGACAAGAUCUGUGACGCAGACCCCUUCCAGAUGGAGAACACACAGUGUUACCUUCCUGAUGCACUAAAGAUUAUGUCCCAGAGAUGUAACAACCGUACUCAGUGUGUGGUGGUCGCGGGGGUCGACGUCUUCCCGGACCCCUGCCCCGGAACGUACAAGUACCUGGAGAUCCAGUACGAGUGUGUCCCUUACAAAGUGGACCAAAAAGUAUUCGUGUGCCCCGGCUCGCUGCUCAGCAUCCAGCCAGACUCCUCGCUCCUAGAGGCGGAGCAUCAGUCUGGGGCCUGGUGUAAGGAUCCCCUACAAGCUGGCGACAGACUGUACGUCAUGCCGUGGACGCCGUACAGAACGGAGGUCCUGUACGAGUAUGCCUCGUGGGACGACCUCCGUCAGAACAGAGUCACCACUACCUACAAGUUGCCGAGUCGUGUGGACGGUACAGGCUUUGUGGUGUAUGAUGGUGCCGUGUUUUACAACAAGGAGCGAACUCGCAACCUGGUCAAGUACGAUCUGCGCACCCGCAUCAAGAGUGGCGAGGCAGUGGUGGUCAACGCCAAUUACCAUGACACCUCUCCUUACCGCUGGGGAGGGAAGUCGGACAUUGAUCUGGCGGUGGACGAGAAUGGGCUUUGGGUCAUCUACUCUACCGAAGACAACAACGGACGCAUUGUGGUCAGCCAGGUGAACCCGUACACCCUGCGGUUUGAGGGCACCUGGGCCACGGGCUUUGACAAACGUGGGGCGAGUAACGCCUUCAUGGCCUGCGGGGUGCUCUACGCAGUGCGCUCCGUCUUUCAGGACGAUGAGGGGCAGGCGGACAGCCGGGCCAACAGCAACAUGGUGGUUUACGCCUAUGACACCAGUCGGGGUCAGGAGCUGCCCGUUCAGAUACCGUUCCCCAACCCUUACCAGUACAUCUCCUCUAUCGAUUACAACCCCAGAGACAACCAGCUGUAUGUGUGGAAUAAUUACUACAUGCUGAGAUACCCUCUGAGUUUCACACCGCCGCCGCCAACUAAAGGUCCCCUGUCCUCUCUGAUGACCACCGUGCGGUCCUACACGGCUACCGUCGCUCUCACCCCGGUGCGGCCGUCGGCCUCGCACCCGAUCGGCGUCAUCAACAGGGGGCCGAUCACGGCCAUGGUCCCGCUGACCCCACGCCCUCCACUGCGGGUUCCCUUGGCCCCCGGUGGGCCCGGUCAGGUGGGCGGAUGCGAGGGCCGGGUGGCACGAGGAGUUCAGUGGCCCCCGACCCUGAAGGGGGAAACAGUCGAGCGGCCCUGUCCUAAAGGGUCUCUGGGAAUCGCUUCCUAUCAGUGCAUGUCAUCUCCAGUUGGGUGGAACUCCCGAGGGCCCGACCUUUCCAAUUGCACCUCUCCCUGGGUCAGCCAAAUCGCACAGAAGAUCAAGAGCGGAGAGAACGCGGCCAACAUAGCCGGGGAGCUGGUCAACCUGACCCGGGGAAGGAUCUACGCCGGUGACAUCAGCAUGUCCGUCAGGCUAAUUGAACAGCUCCUGGACAUACUAGACUCUCAGCUGCAGGCCCUGAGACCAGCCAAUAAAGAGUCGGCCGCACGCAAUUACAACAAGCUGCAGAAGAGAGAGAAGACGUGCAAAGCAUAUGUUCAGGCUGUGGUGCAGAUAGCUGAUAACCUGCUGGGCCCUGAAGCCCUCGUGUCCUGGGCCGACAUGAGCAACCUUGACCAAUCCCGCUCCGCAUCGCUGUUGUUGGAUGCGGUUGAGAAAGGAGCGUUUCUGUUGGCCAACAAUCUCUACGAAGGCCGUUUCAGCGACAGGGCGCCCAACGUCGAUCUUGAAGUGUAUGUGCUAAACACAGAGGCCGACAUACAGGACUUGACAUUUCCUCACUCCUAUGAUAGUGACAGCAUCCUGCAGAUAUCGGCCCAGGCUCUGCAGCAAUACAGCAACAAUGGUCAGGUGAAGCUGGUUCUUUCCCUCUUCAAGAACCUAGGACCCUUCCUCACCACCCAGAACUCAACGUUGCGUCUCGGACUGGGGCUUGCCCAAGGCCAAGAGCCCAGGCGCAGGAGCCUCGUGGUCAACUCCCACGUCAUCUCUGCUUCAGUGCACAGGGGAACCAACCGAGUGUACCUCACAGAGCCUGUGAUCUUCACUCUGAGACACCUUCAAAUGGAAAAUCACUUUGGUCCCAACUGCUCUUUCUGGAACGCUUCGGGGGUUUCUGGGAGCGGCAGGUGGUCCACGCAGGGCUGCCGCUUGUUGCACACAAACAACACACACACAACUUGUGCGUGCAACCAUCUGUCCAGCUAUGCUGUCCUCAUGACAUACCAGCAGCCUGUUUUUGGUGCCGGUGUGGAGGAGCUUCUGGUCUACGUGGUUUCCUGGGUUGGCAUCGCUGUCGCUCUUGUGUGUUUGGCCACCUGCCUCAUCACCCUCUGCUGCCAGGGGGCGCCCUGGCACACAGACCACAGCACCAUUCACUGCAACCUGUGGGCCAACCUGCUCAUUACAGAACUUAUCUUCCUUAUUGGCGCCAACAAGACUAAAUACACAGUUCUCUGUUCCAUCACUGCUGGCCUGCUGCACUUCUCGCUGCUUUCUGUGUUCUGCUGGCUGUGCCUGGAGGGAGUGGAGCUGUACCUUCUGCAGAGGGAGGUGUUUGAGGGGCGUAACUCCAGGAGGAAGUAUUUUUACCUCUGUGGAUACUCUGUGCCGGGCCUGGUGGUGGCCGUGUCCGCAGCCAUCGACUUCAGAGGAUACGGCUCGAAAACAGCAUGUUGGCUGCGCACAGAUAACUACUUCAUCUGGAGUUUCCUGGGACCUGUGGCCGUCAUCAUUACGCUGAACCUGGUUGUUUUGGUGAUGACCUUACAUAAGAUGCACAGCACCGCUGCUCUCAAGCCUGACUCCAGUCGCCACGACAACCUGCGGGCCUGGGCGGUGGGCUCUCUGACUCUCCUCUUCCUGCUGAGUGUCACCUGGUCCUCGGGCCUGAUGUUCCUGUCCGGUCCGUCUCUCCUGCUGGCUUACCUCUUCUCCUCCCUCAACACAGCGCAGGCCCUCCUCAUCACCAUCCUCCACUGCACGCUCGCCAGGAAGGGUCAGAAGGAUUAUGGCCGAUGCCUGCGUCUCUCUCAGUGCUGCGCGACGUCCACGUCCAGCUCUCCAGACUCGGUGAAAGGCGCUGCGCUGCGCUCCAACAACCGCUACACCGGCAGCCAGAGUCGACGAGCCACUGCAAACAGACAGAGCCGCAUCAGAAGGAUGUGGAACGACACGGUUCGCAGGCAGACUGAAUCCUCUUUCAUCGCUGCAGACGUUAACAACACUCCAACACUUAACAGAGCUGCUUUGGGAAACCAUUUCCUUACAAACCAAAUGCUGCAGACUCACGCUGGAGCUUCUCCUUAUGACACCAUGCUGGCGCAGGGAUACAAUCAGCCCUUCACUUCCACCGUAGGAACCUUCAGAAACAAACAGAAGGGCGGAGGGUCACAGAGCCAGGAAUCCUGUGCACUGGACAGUGUUUGUCUCAAUGGAGGCUACACCCCCAACACCUUCACCCUUCACGGUCUGGGUACAACACCCGGGUCCCGAGCUGGAGUAGUGGGCAGCGCUGACCUUCUGAGGGAGGGGGGAGUUGGGCUUGGAGGGGAUGACAUCUCACCGGGACUCCUCACACCACACGGCUCAGCAGAUAUGAACAGCGGAGCCGGUAUGCGUCGCAAUCUGUCCGAUGCAGCGGCGCUGGAGAAGAUGAUCAUCUCAGAGCUGGUGCAGAGCAACCUGCGUCCAUCGGUUCCCAUGCCUGUUCCGCCGGAGCGCUACGGGAGCCUGGCAAGGCCGCAUCACCACGAGAGGCCGGCUCUUACUCACACCGCUACUUUAACCCGCCACGCGCAGCCCACACAAGAGGGCUGGUCCGCCACGGUGCAGCCAAGCUCCCGGCAAAAUGCACAGGAGGGCUGGGCACAUGCAAGGCAGCCCACACAGGACGCUGAGACAAAAGCCACCACACGUGUUCAAGACCAUGCCACCACGCCCCGCCUACAAGACGGCUGGUCACACGGACGCAUCUCUGGUGAUUCAGAUACCCAGGAGCUGCUGAAAGACGGAGACCGCUCGCAGCUGCAAGGUACACUAGGCCGGCGUGGACACCAGGAGAGGUUGCCAGCACGGCCUCCUGACAUCCAAGCUCGGCCUUACUCCACCCUUAGCCGAACCCCGGGUACUCUGUCCCGCCACCGCAGCACAGCGGAGUCGACAGGAGGGACAGAAAGAGACCGGGAGAGGGACAGGGAGCGAGACAGGGAUCGCUACCGAGACCGACCCCUCCCACCGCCGCCUCCCCCACCGCCACAGGAGCCAGAGUCAAUGUACAAGGCUCUUGAAGAGCCACUGCUUAUGAAGCAGAGAGAAGCAGUUGUAGAGGCAUGGAGAGGUGGCCAGGACAGUGAAAAGGAGGAGACAUUUCUGCUGAAAAGAGACGGAAUGAAUGAGGACUGGAGAGGAGGAACCGAGAGGGGAAGAGACGAGUCUUUUACCGCUCAUAAGCGAGAUGGCACGAUGGACGAAUGGAGGGCUGGCAUUGAGAGAGGGAGGGAGGAAUCUAAAAUGCUGGAGAAGAGAGACGGACGACUGGAGCUGUGGCGAGCAGGGGAGACAGAGCAGGGAGAGACUUUCAUCACUCAGAAGAAAGAUUUUGGGAUGGAUGGUUGGAGAAGUGAGAUAGAGAGAGAGAAAGAUGAAUCCUUCUUUCUGAAGGACAGAGAUGGGUGGAGGGCAGGGAUUGAACGAGAGAGCGAGAAACAGAAGGACAGAGUGCUGGACGUUUGGAGAGGGGGGAUAGAUUUGGACAGGGAGGAGUCUUUCUCUUUUGAAAGCAAAGAUGGAGGCCUUGACGGGAGGAUCAGAGGGAAAGAAAGAGGGUCUCUCCGGUAUCACGGCGAGCGACAGGAUUCAGACAGCUUCACCCUACCUUUGACUCCCGACCUCGACUUGGACCCUGACUCCUCCCCCAUCUACACCCAAGAUUCAAACCCCUCCCCCAUCUACCCCAGAGACCGCCGCUCGCCGCCGCUAAACAUCUUCUCCCGAAACUCUCCACCGACAAACAUCUUCGCUCCACGAGAAGACAACUCGCCACCAGGGAACCUCUACUCCCGCCACUCUCCGCAGGUCUACAGCCACAGCGGAUCCCCUCCUCGCUUUUAUACCCGCACCUCCCCGCCGACUCACAUGUACCCAGACAGCAGUCCUGAAGGCCUAGAAGAAGUCAGCCCCACAAGUGGGCACCAGCCCCAGCGGCCCACUCUGGAGCUACCCUACAGCCUUGGGCGACCCCCGCUGGGGCCGCGGCCAAAUCACCUGCAGACCUUCUACCAGCCCCCGCCAUUAGCUUCAAACGGAGAGACAGGGUACUCAGCAGAGCCCACCUCUGAGGGAGACGACGGACAGAUGCAGCGGGUGACAAGCCUGUGACUAGGGCGGUGGUGAUUGGGGUAUAGAUACCAGGGAGGAGGAGGAGGAUGAGGAGGAUGGUGAUAAUUUCAGCAAGUUAAGAACCAAAUUAUCGAAAUAGGGAUGUUUGAGAAAAAUAAUAAUGUUGGACUGCUUCAACAAUUCUGACAUUUACAUGAUGGCUCCUCCCUGCUUCUACCCCCUGAUCACCACGAGACUCCCCCCUUCACCGUGUUUGGUUAUUUUUGUAUGAAUGUGAUCCAUUUAUAGCUGCUUCUCCUCCUGCCGCUCCCUCUUCUGUCUUUCCUGAAACCCCGUUGUGUCUUCCCAUCUCAUUGGUGCUUUCCUUGAUCGGUCCCCGUCGCCUAGGUUUUGCUUCAUCGGCUGGGUGUCGCCCCUCCUUGUAGCAAACUGUGUCAAAGAAACACUUGUGUGUUGCCAAAAAAAAAAAAAUCCUUUCAAAGAACUCGUGCAUGACUUUAUAGUGGCUUUGCAAGGCUACAUACCGUAGGAGGACACGCUGACGCGUACAUGCGAGUGAGUGUGCAUAGCUUGAUGAGCAUGUGUGUGUGUGUGUAAGGAUGUGGAUAUGAGCGUAUGUCAGAGAAGGUAUGUGUAUAUAAAUCAUUAAUGUAUAUUUAAUGUGUCACAUUGAAGCAUUUUAUCAAUACCAACUGGAGGAGCUCUCUGUCUCUUUCUUCCUCCUUAUUUCGACUCGACCCAUUUCACAUCAAGACCAAAACUUCUUCCCCCAGAGCUACCACGAACUGCCCGUGGAGGGACUCGUUGACUAAAUAACCGGAGAUCGCAUUAAACCUUAAGAAUUUUUCUGCAACCCCUCCUGAGAUCCUUGUACAUAAUCGACCUAAAGUGUUCUGAUUGUCUUGUAUUGCUAUUGAAGUUCAAGUAAACAUGUGAAAUAAAUGUUCAUGUUUUUCUGUUUGUGUGCACAAAGACAGAUGGAGGCAUUCAGAGAAAUGAUAAAAAUCCUUUUGUUAUUCAUGAAGGGGAAAAGAUGCCGGUGUUCUUUUUAGAAAGCCUGAAAAGAACAUAAAGAAUUAGAAAAUAUAGUUAUGUACAUUUUAGAGUGGAUUAAUAAAUGCUACUUUAUACAUCUACUGUGGACUCUGGGUCAAUUUGCCCCCUUUGCCAAUUCAUACCUUUAUUUCAUACCUACAUGUUAUUAUUACCUAUGUGUAAACAAAACAUGUACAACCCAAUAAUUGAACCAUGUCAUAGUUUAUUUCUUGGUAGUUAAAGGAAUAGUUCAGAGGAGCUGGAUUGAGGUGCUGUUAAAAGCUUGAUAUCUCACCCGCUGUAGAUGAUUUUGUAUAAAUCCAGAUUAGUUGAAUCUAAAGGCUAACGUUGAUGAGAAGUCUGAAAGGAGCCAAGACCAAAAAGGAUUUCUGAUAUCGCCAGUCUGAAAAACAUUACCGGGGUUUAUGCAAAAACGAUGAUAUAUAUUCAACCAUUGUUGAGUUUGCAUUGGGAGUUUAUUUACGAAGGAGCGGAGGAUUAUAUGCGUUAGAAAUGGCGGUAGGAGGUGGCAAUCAGUGAUCUUUCUCUGUGAAACACAAUCUUAAGAAAGUCCAAAGCAUUUCUGAUAAGAGAUGCUUUCUGAUAGAACAGUGUGGCAGUCAAUAAAAUAGAGGAUUUUAGAUUUUUUUUCUCUCACCUACUCACUUUAAUAUCAGGCAGCUACUCUGGCAAGAAACACAUUUCGUUCUCAGAAUUAGUUUCGCAUUCAGAGGUGCACUGCCUCUGACCUUCAUUUCCUGUUUAAAUAUGCAGCGAUUUCUCUGUAUGUUUCAGAUUUAUCUAUAUAGCACAUUUACAUCAACAGUUGACUAUAGUGCUCCACAGUUACAUCAACAGUCAUAAAAUAGCAAACAAAAUUAUUACUGCUAUAAAUAAUAGUACUUAGCACCUCAUACUCGAUCAGUCCAGGGAAACGAUUACUUUUUAAAUGACUUUUAAAUUAUUCCAUACUCUAUACAGACAUUUAGAGGUCAGGUAUUCUACAGACUUGGGGCCGCCACACCAAAUGCUCAAUCUCCUUUUAAUUUAAAUUUGAUUUGAACAGAACUAACAUCACUAUCCAAAGCUAACAUGACUUUUUUUGUGCGUACAUAAACUGCUUAAAACAUUUGAGAUGGUAAAAGUUCAUUUUGGUCUUGGCCCUUCUCAGACUUGCCGUUAGAGUCAUCUUCAGGACCAGCUACUCUGGAUUUAUACUAAAUGGAGAUGCCAAGAAAAGAAAUCUGCUACAACUAAGAAAUUAAUCACAUUAUAAACACAGCUUUACUUUACCAGUUCACAUCAAAUUAGUAUUUUGAUGAAUCCCAGAGAUGAAUAAUUAUAUUAAAAAAUGGUAAAUCUCGCCUUUAUUAUGUUGUAUAUUAUUGUGUGUGUUUUGGGGUAGGUGGCUCAUGAAAUAUGAGAUUAUGACUACUGUUGAAACUAAAAUAAAUCUGACUGUAAGUCAAUGAUUGUCAAGCUGGGGACAGAAGUCAAAGAGGCGGGUACAAAGAGAUGGUCAUGUACUAAACAAUCAAUGGCACACAGUUGCUUUUCGUUCCCAAAACAUCUGAUUGACCAAAGACCAAAACUACAAAAGUAUGAAAUGGUGAAGGGGUCUACAGGCCAGCACCCUCUACUGUGUGGUAUUUAAGACAAAGAUAUUAACAUACUGUAACAUUUGAUCACGUUACAAAUGAGACAGCUACAAAACAAAGCAAAAGUCUUGGGUCAUCCUGUAUUUUGCUUUGCACAUUUUGGCUUUCAUGAAAAUUCACUUCUUCAGCCCUCUAUGAGUCUGUUAAAAUGUUUCUUUCACACCCAUUUUCUAUUCAGUACUAGUACCCUACCAUGGCAGCACGUUGUAAAAUGUUUGCCUUGAAAAAUGAGGAAAAUGCAGAUAAACAGUUUCUAAAAGUCUUGUUUUUAAGAAAAGGAGAUGCAUCAUCUUUUAAUCGAUCUUUUACCUACUGCCAGUUUGCUGGUGUUGAACUCUUAUCUUUGGGAUUUGUCAAAGAUAAAGAAAUGGGAACAUUUGAGACUUUUUGACCCUGGUAACAAAGAGCCCAAUAAUCCAAUUUGUCAUUGUUUCUUGGCUAAAUUGAAUGUAGACACAAAAGCAGUUUGGCCCUUGAAUCUUUGAAUAUUUUUGUGAAUAAAGUAGCCUAAUGAAAAUCAAUUUAAACGUGUUAGGUAUUGAACUCAUGAAAAAAGUUGCAAAAAUCAAGUGAAAAUCUUGAGAGCUGAAGAAAUAUUGAUCAUUACCUAUUUGAAAAUUAGGGCAUUCAAAGCAAAACAAAAGAAUUGAGGGACAACGUAAGGACCUUUACAAAUGUUUAUAAGCAGUUGUAAAGGUAAACUUUUUAUCAAUUCGUAUUGCCAGCAUAGCUGAAAACUUUUAACUGAUUUAAUAUUGAUGAAAAUCCUUUUAACUAAGGUAAAAUGACCAUUUCGGACUUAUUACACAGAGCAGCAGUGAAGAAUGUAUUAGAUCGCAAAUCAAGUUAAUGGGAUUUAUUUUAACGUAUUAAUAUGAUCAUGAAAUUUCUCAGCAAAUUUUAAAAAUAUUAAAAAAUCAUGUUUUACAGGCACCUGUAUUAUCAUGCACUGUUACAUAUGAUGAAGUAGCCAUGUUUUGAUGUAACGGGCAGUGAAAUUAGCGACACCUUGUUCUUUUGACUCCAGUGAUGAAGAUGAUGACAUACUGGGAUGAUGAGUAAGGCUAGUUCUGCUGAGAGGAAAGAUUAAACACAAAAAAACCUAAUUUAAAAUUGACUAUUGUAUGAAUUUAAUGACACAGGAACAAAGAUUGUAUUACUUCUCUUGAUCAAAUAAAGAUUUUUUACUAUUA